AUGUUGUGCUACCUGGGAGGGAAAACACUGUAUGUAGCUUCAGAGAGGAGGUCUCACCAAUAUACAUUAGAUACAUAUGCAGUAAGCGAAUCCGAAAGCGAGGAAGAGUCAGAAGAAACGAGAUCUUCAGAGACCGACUCUGCCAUAGUGGCGGACCAUACGGACGAAUCGAUAUCUCAGUCUAAAGUGCUUACGAAGAAAGAUUCCCCUGAUUCGAAGCGUAAGAAAGCGUUGCACGUGGCGCAAGAACUGCUAGGAACAGAAAAUUACGUGAACGUUCUGCAUCUGAUCGACCAAGUGUUUCAAUUCAGGGUCGAUCAAGAGAACAGAGCACAUCCGAUGUUUCCUCCAGAAACUGUCCAACACAUGUUUUCCAAUAUUAAAUCCAUUUAUAAAUUUCACAAUGAUUUUCUAUUACCGCAACUCGAAGAGAGAAUGCAAUGUUGGAAUUCGAAUCCGAAAAUCGGUGAUAUAAUGAAAAAUUUCGCGCCAUUCCUCAAAAUGUAUACAGAAUAUGUAAAAAACUUUGAUUACGCCAUGAAUCUGAUAAGCACGCUGCAAAACAAAGUGCCCAAAUUUGCUGCGAUUAUUAACGAGAUACAAAAGCUCGAUGAAUGCGCUAAAUUGUCACUAGCUCAUCACAUGUUGAGUCCAAUACAGAGGCUACCGCGAUAUGAAUUGCUUCUUAAGGAUUAUUUACGAAAUCUCACUGAGGAUAAUCCAGAUUAUGAAGAUACAAAGAAAGCUCUAGAAUUGGUAUCCACUGCAGCGAAUCAUACGAACGAGGCGAUGAAAAAAAUCGAUAAAUUUAAGAAACUCUUAGAAAUCCAAGAGAGUAUAUAUGAUGCAACUGAUCUAGUCAGUGCGACUCGCGAAUUAGUAAAAGAAGGACGUAUAGUGAAAAUUUCAGCACGUAGUGGCGAUCAUCAAGAGAGACAUCUUUUUCAGUUUAGCGAUUUAUUACUACUCUGUUCAAUAAGACUGAUACCCGGUCCUAUGUACCGAUUAAGAGCCAAAUUUAUGGUGGAAAAUUUACAAGUAGUUGAAGGAGACAAUCUAGAAACAGCAAAUACUUUUUACAUAAGGGACGAAAAUAAAAGCGUUGAAUUGUAUACACAUGCCGCCGCGGAAAAAGCAGCGUGGUUGGACGCUAUGUUCCAAACGAUGCAAGAGAUUAUGAGACGCAAGGCCAGUCUGAAAACUGGUAGUGUUAAGACUUCUUUAGUUAAAGCUGACGAUGUAACUAGGUGCAUGGUUUGCGAAGUUAUUUUUUCUGUGAUGAAACGAAAGCACAACUGUCGGGCUUGUGGAAUAGUGGUUUGUAGUAAAUGCUCAAAUCAGAAAUUAUUAUUUGAAGACAAUAAGAAUAUGAGAGUAUGCAGAUUAUGCCAUGCCGCGCUAACCCAACCACUUACCAAAUCGCCAUCUUCACCCUCUGGACCGGUGCCAAGUUUGUUACAGGUAUCAGCGAGCGCGCCAUCAGUAUUAUCUGGAUAUUUAUUACUGAAAACGCAGGCCAGUAAACCCUGGACAAAACGAUGGUUCGCAUUACACGUCGAUUUUGUUCUGUAUUCGUUCAAAUCGGAAUCGGAGAGCAUGGCCAUGACAGCGACCCCUAUGCCAGGCUUCAUGAUCACCGAAGGUACAAAACUCCCCGACGAGGAUCCUUUGAACAUAAAAGAUCGGAUAAGAGCGUUCAAGAUGCAUCACUCUAGGAAAUAUUACUAUUUCCAAGCCUCCUCACAGAAGGAUAAAGAAAAAUGGAUGUACACGUUAGAGUUGGCUACGAAAGCUGAACUACCUCAUUCUACGCAGGUGGGAAACGAAAACGCACAAGAAAGUCAAUCGAUGAACGAUGUACAAUGAAUAUUCGUACCUUUUUAUCUACCAAACUAGCCAAUUUUUUAUUAUUGUACUCGUAAAUGAAAUUGACAGCAAUGUAAGAUAAUCGUUAGUUAAUUAGCUAAAUUUAAAAUGAUGUUAACUUGUGUUUUAUAUAUAUAUUGUUAUCAAUGGUAUACAUUACAAGAGAGAAAUCGAGUCAAUAGCGGCCGCUGCCGAAAAACGCUUGUUGUUUUGUAUAAUAUAAUGUUCUGUUAUAGUAUAUUUAUAAAUAUAUAUGUCGUUCGAUCACGAUACGCUGUGACGACUGUAAUUUACUGUAAUGGAAGUCGAUAAUCGCAAUGUUUGAGAAGUUAAUUACACGCUUCAGUGAUAAUAUGCUAUUUGAACUAUGAAAAAAUCGAUUUUUUUAAUUAUUUAAACGCGCAGUUCUAUAAUUUUAUCAAUAAACUUAUUUCGACGUAUUUUGAAAUUUCGUAGUCGCUUUAAAUAUCUUUAAACAUAGUUCCUACUAAUUAUGAAUACUAGAAAAAUUGCAAUUUCUAUUGUAUACUAUGUUUGCAUACAAAAGUGUAUUUGAAUGCCUAAAUAUCCUAUACACAUUUAUUACGUUUCUUGAAUUGUAUAUAGAGGCUGUCAGUUGAGUAUUAAAUAUGUGAAUAGCAUUAGUGCCACUUGAGAUAACUUUUUUAUUCAUUUUAUAGCAAAGAGUAAUUUAAAAGGAUUGUGAUUAACGUCACUAUUAACAUCAUUAAUAGAAUAAAUCUCUGUCGUGAAAAUUUAAAACGUUUUUAAAUCAUCAUAGACACUUGUAUAUCUAUCUCAUAUACACAUAUUUAAAAGAAAAGAAAAUUACUACAUAUCUCUUUUUGUUAAUAAAUUUUUUAUAACUUGUACACAAUUGGAAUCCGAUAUCGAGUUCCAAAGAUUUGUAAAAUUUUUUAUUCGUUGUCUCUGUUUUCGAUGGAAUAAAGUAUUGCGGAUUAAUAAAGUCUUUAGAAUUGUGA